AGCACAUAUUUUUUUUUCAUAAUAAGAUAUUAUUUUUUCAUAAGAUAAUGUAAAAUACUUUAAAUUGUUUUUGUUUUCGUCCGUGCGACAGCCGCUGCGGGUUUUCGGGUUGUGGCACUGGCUGGUUUUGAGAAGAUGGCGUCUGACGCGGCAAGCUCAAGUUGCUCAAGUACCUCUCCUGCUCGGAUAUUUUCGAAGAUUCUUUGUGUGAAGACCUCGAAAAAGCGCAAACAGCAUUCUAUGCCUGCCAUCGACGGAAUGGACAACAGUGCCCAACUGGAAAUGGCAUCCUUCAGGGUUGCCGAGUUCUCCGAAGUCCUCGACUGGAGGCCCAUGCUGUUCCAAGAGCCCAUCAUUGCAGAGAGAGCCUGUGUCUUGUGCGGUGUCGCGUACAAGAAAGCAGUCAGGCUUCCCUGCGUACACACUCUGUGCACAAAGUGCCAUGCCCAGUGCGUCGAACGAGGAAGCGCUUGUCCUGUCGACCAGAAACCAUUCUGCGAAGAUGAUGUUGAACAGCUAAACGUCUCUCUCAAGUAUCUCCUGAACCGUACGGUCGCCUGCUGGAACGCUCCUAAAGGCUGCAGCUUCAUCGGCACUGCAGCCAGCCUCUUGGACCACUACAAGGAGUGCGGCUUCAGCGUCGUGCCUUGCUGCCUGUGCCGCUCUUCAGUGUUGCAGUGCGACAUUAUGGAGCACUUUAAGAGUGGAUGCAGCAUUCGCGAAGCAAAGUGUGAGCCUCCAGACGAUCUUGCCACAGAAGACCUCAAGGACGUCGGCAGUGCUUGUCUUGAGAUGAAGAGAGCCACGGGGAAGAUCUCUGAGGACCUCAUGUCGCUGCAGACCAGCCUGAACCGGUGCAGCGAAGACGUCAGGGCGGAGGGUGCAAGAUGCAAGGGCCAAUUGGAGGCUGAGGCUUCCAAGCUUGCUGAACAGCUCAACAGCCUUAACACGGUCUGCACCACCGGUUUCGCCGAAGAACUGCAACUUCUCCAGGCAGCAAUGACCGACUACAAAGGCCAUGUGAGCAAGAAGCUCCGUUUGCUGUGCUGUUCUAAGCCUACAAGGGUCCACUGGUACAUUGAGGGGUGGGCAGACCUUAAGAAGAAAGCACUUGAGGGAGGGUUACAACUGGAUAGUCCCACAUGGACCAUUUAUGAUUAUAGUGUCUCCCAACUUUUUGAACUUGACCUAGAGGAGGGUCAGGACCGCGUUGGGUGCUACAUGAAGAUAUGCUCCGGGAAACAGGAUCUGCAGCUGGAGUGGCCUUUUAGUAAGGUUUUCACGAUUGGUGUUAUUCACCCCAAAGACCAAUCAAAGGUGAUUUCGUACAUGAUAAAUCCUGGUGACUGUAGAGAUGAACUCCAGCGUUCCUUCCUAAGGCCCAAAGAAAGAGCAAAUGUUGCAUGUGGAGCACAGAACCUGACAACAGCCAAGGAGCUUGAAAAGGGUGGGUUUAUACAAAGCAAUACACUCCACAUGUUUUUAGAGAUAGAGCCGUAAUUUCUUUUCAUAUUUGCCAUACAUUAAUAAGGAUUAAGCAAGUAC